AUGGCGACCACAGCUCAAUCGACUAAUCUCGCGUUACCUUUGGAUAUUCAACAAAAACUUCAAGAACUCGAACUUGAACUAGCCGAAGGUGAUAUUACACAAAAAGGUUUCGAAAAGAAACGUCUUAAAUUGCUUGCUUCACACCAACAACAAUCAGCACAAAAUCCAGUUUAUGUGAAUAAUAUUAACAACAACAAUAAUAAUAACACUCAUCAUCAACAUGAAAAAUCCGCCCAUCGACCAUCAAAAAUUCAAUGCCGCCGUCAAAAACGUGAUGGAUACAAUCGAUAUCAUUCAGAUGUUCGUCAAGAAGCAGUCAAACAAGCAUUGGAACAAUAUGGAGCUCGUCCUAUUCCAUCAUCAAAACGAGCUGUCAAUCCUCAAACGAAAAACGAAUCGUCAGAUGACGAUGACAUUGAUGAUGAUGACCAAAGUAGUUCCACAUAUGCGACUACUGAUGAUCAACAAAAUAAAGAAUCAUCGAUUUCACCCGUUCCUAUUCCGAUACAAAACCAUCAUUAUCAAAGUCCUCCUACAGUUGAAGCUAUUAUAAAAAAUAUACAAGCACCAACAGCACCACCACCUCCUCUUCUUUGCUCAUCAACAUUCUUAUCCGAUUUCAUUCAUCGCAGUCAAGAACCAUCAUUAUCGAAUAUUGAAUGUGAUCUAACACGAAGUGCCGGCGCACGUUAUCGAGAUUCGAAUUCGGAUUAUGUUAAUACAAGUCAACAACAUUAUGUUUUAUAUGGAGAUCGCAAUGUGUCGGCUGAUUCAUCGAUAUCUAUUUCAAACUCAAUCAAUCAAAGCGAAGAACGUAAACCAAGCUUACGUGUUUCAUCGAAAAUUCUUGCACUUGUCAAUACAUUAAAACGUCCGAAACGUAAACCAAUGAAAGAAUAUUACGAGGAUAAUGAAGAAGAAUUAGCAAUGCCACCCAUCGAUCCUCUUGCUCCAAGGCCAGAAGGUGGAAUAUCGGUUCCGUCGUGUGGUGAACAAUUAGUUGUUUCAUCCCAGUGGCCCAAAACCUUUCUAGCUGCAUUACAACAACAUGCUCUUCAACAACCUCGCACCAAUGCUGUUACCAUACUCGAUGAACAAACAAAACCCUCACAAACACUUACAUUUCUUAAAUUAUUGACGCGUUCACAAAAGAUCGCGUAUAAUCUUCUUCACAAAGUUCAUUCACACGGUAAUACCGGCAGUAAUUCACGAGAAAAUUUACUCAAACCAGGCGAUCGUGUGGCUCUGGUUUAUUCAAGUAAUGAUCCGAUUAGUUUCAUUUGCGCUUUCUAUGGGUGUCUACUUGCCGGCAUCGUUCCCUUGCCUAUUGAUGUACCGUUAGCACGCCGAGAUUGGCUUUCUCAACGUAUCGGUAUUCUCCUUGGUCAACUAUCCAUAAAAGUUGCACUAACAUCGGAUUCAUGCUAUCGCCAAUUGCCAAAAGUGCAACAGCACACAGCAACGUCUUCGGCAGCAAAUCUAAAUGAGAUCGUUUCAUUCAAAGGCUGGCCCAAUUUGAUUUGGUUCAUAACCGAACACUUAACCAAACCGCCAAAAGACUGGACCAUCACUGAUAUACCACGAUCAUCUUACGAAACGACACCAGCGUACAUUGAGUACACAUCUGUCAAAGAUGGUAGCAUUGUUGGCGUCACCAUUAAUUACGAACAAUUAUUUGUACAUACUCAAACACUUGUGAAUGCAUGUAAAUAUACAUCCACGGACAUAUGCUUAUGCUGUGUGGAUUAUAAACGGCAAAUUGGCUUGUGGCAUACGAUUCAUGCCAAUAUUCUUUCGGGUAUGCAAGUUAUAUUUAUUCCAACAUCAAUAUUAAAAUCUCAGCCAUCGUCCUGGUUAUUGUCAAUCACGAAAUAUCACAUCACAACUGCUAUUGUACGUUCACGGGAUAUGCAUUGGGCUGUAUUAGCUAUACGUGAAAUGACAAAUGCAUCGCCGACAAUAAAUUUAUCAUCAUUACGAUUAUUAUUAAUAAGUGAUGGCUCUAAUCCAUGGUCAUUAACUGCUGUCGAUACAUUUCUUUCAACGUUUGUUUCCCGAGGUCUUCGUUCCGAUUGUUGUUGUCCUUGUUCAUACUCAUCUGAAACAUUAACACUAUCCAUUCGGCGACAGUAUCAUUCAUCUUUGUCAACACAUCAAUCAGGUCGUGGAAUACUUUCUAUGCACGCGUUAAGUUAUGGCGUUGUGCGCGUUGAUCAAGAUAAUAGUUUAACAUCAUUAACAAUUCAAGAUGUUGGGCAUGUAUUACCUGGUGCUAUUAUUGGCAUUAUCAAGAUCGAUGGGCCACCAUUGCUUUGUCAAACAGAUGAAAUUGGCGAAGUUGUCAUCUCAUCAAAAGCAACACCGAAUGGUUAUUGGGCCUUACCUGGACUAUCAACAAACGCAUUUAAAGUUAUACCAUUAGGAUCGGAUGAACGACCUAUUGGUACUCAGGAAUUUGUUCGAUCUGGUUUACUUGGAUUUCUUGGUCCUGGUGGUCUUCUAUUUGUCACAGGCAGCCGCGAAGGUCUGAUGCAAGUGGCUGGCCGAAAACAUAAUAGCGAUGAUUUAAUUGCUACAGCUUUGGCUGUUGAACCGAUGAAGGUUGUCUAUCGUGCACGCGUGGUGAUCUUUUCCAUACGUGUUCUACGUGACGAAAGAAUAGUUAUUGUUGCCGAACAACGACCUGAUAUCGGCGAAGAUGAAUGCUUUCAAUGGAUGAGUCGUGUCCUUCAAGCAAUUGAUUCCAUACAUCAAGUGGGCGUCUACUGUCUUGCUCUAUGUCCAGCAAAUACAUUACCUAAAAGUCAUUCGGGUCUAAUUCAUGUUCAAGAAACGCGCCGACGCUUAUUGGAAGGCAAUUUACACCCGUGCUCAGUAUUGAUGUGCCCACAUUCAUGCAUUUUGAAUUUGCCCAAACCACGCGAACAUCAUCCUGAACGAGAAGUGGGCCCAGGUGCGAUCCUAGCCGGUACGAUUAUUCAAGGUAUGCGUUUAGCUGAGGCAAAAGGUGCAGAUAUGACAUUCAACGACGAGCAAGAAGCCAUGGAACAAGGAAAAAAAUUUCAAUACAUUGAUGACAUUCUUCGAUGGCGUUCGAUGACAAUGUCCGAUCAUGUUCUCUAUUCAGUUAUCAAUGCUAAAGGUCAAGAAUCUGCCCACAUCACCUGUUCAGCUAUGCAUAAACGUAGCGAACGUAUUGCAUUGACAAUGCUAGAUCGAAUUGAAUUGAAAUCAUCCGAUCACGUUGCGUUACUGUAUCCACCAUGUGUAGAUCUUGUUUCAGCAUUUUAUGCUUGUUUAUAUAUUGAUGCUGUACCAGUGUCAAUUCGACCACCACAUGCUCAAAAUCUUUUGAAUACAUUAUCAACUGUAAAAAUGAUGAUUGAAUUAAGUCAAGCAAAAGUUAUCCUAACAACGAGUUCGAUAGCCAAAUUGCUUCGGUGUAAAGAAGCAGCAACAUUACUCGAUCCAAAACUAUGGCCAUUAAUUAUUGAUACAGAUGAUUUACCCAAACAAAAGAAAAAUCAAAUUCUUCCAAAAAAGUCAACAUCCACACAAGCUCAAUCACUUUGUUAUUUGGAUUUCAGUAUCUCAACCACUGGAUCAUUAACUGCUGUGAAACUAUCAUAUGGUGCUAUUGGUAAUUUAUGUCGCUCAAUUAAAUUAGCUUGUGAGCUGUAUCCAAGUCGAGAACUUGUGCUCUGUUUGGAUCCCUAUAAUGGGCUUGGAUUAGUACUCUGGUGUAUAAUUAGCAUCUAUGCUGGUCAUCAUUCAAUUCUGAUCGAUCCAGCUGAAGUGGAACUCAAUCCAUCAGUAUGGAUGAACACAAUUAGUCAUUACAAAAUUCGUGAUACUUUCUGUUCCUACUCGGUGAUGGAACUUUGUACAAAAGGAUUGAGCACAUCCAUUGUUGAUCUCAAAAAUCGUGGCUUAUCAUUAUCAUGUGUACGCACAUGUGCUGUUGUCGCCGAAGAACGACCACGUUUACAAUUAUUGAAUUCUUUUGUAAAACUAUUUCAAACAUUAGGUCUUAAUCCUCGAAGUGUGAGCACAACAUUUGGCUGUCGAGUCAAUAUCGCCAUUUGUCUACGAGGUGCAAGUGAUCCUGAUCCAGCACCUGCCUACGUUGAUCAGCGAGCAUUGAGAAAUGAUCGUGUAACUCUAGUCGAAAAGGGUAGUCCGCAUAGUUUAUGUUUAUUAGAAUCAGGAAAGCUUUUACCGGGCGUAAAAGUUGUUAUUGCGAAUCCGGAAAGUAAAGGACAAUGUGCUGAUGCACACUUAGGCGAAUUAUGGGUUCAAAGUGGCCAUAAUUCACUUGGUUGUCAGAUAAUUAGCUAUGGUGAUAACAAUCAACAACAAGGAUCAAAUCAGAAUUCAGAUCAAUUUUAUUCACACUUGGCAACGGGUGAUACGCGACAGUUAUAUGCUCGAACAGGUUAUCUUGGCUUUGUUCGUCGAACAGAUUCGAUUGCAGCAGAUGGAAAAAAUCACGAUGCCGUCUACAUAGUCGGCUCUUUGGAUGAAACACUUCUCAUUCGUGGUAUGCGUUAUCACCCGAUUGAUAUUGAGAAUACAGUUAUGCGCACACAUAAACGUAUCUGUGAAUGUGCUUGUUUCACAUGGACAAAUUUAUUGGUCGUUGUUGUCGAAUAUGACGGGCUUGAACAACACUCACUCGAUCUUGUUCCAUUAAUAACAAGCGCGAUUCUUGAAGAACAUUAUGUGAUCGUUGGCGUUCUUGUCAUCGUUGAUCCGGGCGUUGUACCGGUCAAUUCACGUGGUGAAAAACAACGUAUGCACUUACGCGAUGGUUUUGUAUCAGAUCAACUUGAUCCUAUAUUUGUUGCAUAUAACAUGUAG